AUGGCGUCUGAACUAAUGGAAUAUGAUGAUGAUAAUAAUUUGGAUCAUUUAACACUAAGUCGUGUUCAUCAUCUUAAAACUCGUACUACUCGAGCUAAAUCAGUAUCAGAUGACGAAAUUGAUGCUGUAUCAGAUUGGUCAGAAUCCGAUCGUGAAUGUUGUCCGUUAAGUGAUUUUGAAUCAACAUCAAAUGUUGAUGGAACUAAUCUUGGUAAUAAUUACGAUAUAACGUUUGAUGACGAGGACGAUGAUAACGGCGAAAUCGGUCAAAGACUACCUAUGGAACCAUCAUUUCUUGAAAAUGUUUUACGCUUAAGUGAAACACCUGAACCAAAAUCUAAUGACAACACAAUAUCUGCACAUAUAUCAUCUUUCCAUGAUACAAUAAAACCUCAGCAGCAGCAACAACAACAAAAACACAUACAAGAACGAAUGUCAAAUACGAUCACUAGAAAACCAUCAAUGCGUAAUGAAAAACAAUUUCAAUCACCCUUAUUACCUGCUCGACGUAUGCCUAGUAAACAAGUAUCUCCGCGUCGUUCAACAACAAAUUCUUAUGUAUUACCUCAAACAACAACCCUUUCACGUAGUCGUAAAACAGUAACAUCAAAUUCAACACGAUAUUAUCUACAACGUGAAACAACAUCCACAAGUACAACUUUAACUAAUCAAUUAACAAUAGAAUCAACAUCAUCACCCAAUACUUCAUUUCAUAGUAAUGAAGAAAAUCACCAUCAACAGCAGCAGCAGCAGCAGCAACAACAACAACAUCAAUUCCAUCAACGUCAUUUAGCAUCACCUAAUUUGAGUCAAACAUCAAUAACAAAUAGUUUCAUACCACGUGCAUAUGAAGUAAAAAAGAUCAUUGUUGACGAUCAUGAUUAUGGCCGUUUAACGGAUUUAUCAACAAUAAAAACAGUACCACCACGUAAUCGACAAAAAUGGGGAACUAUUGUUCAUCCACCGUUUCCAUUAGGCUAUCAACAAGCAAGUCCCGAACAAGUAACACAAUCUGUUCAUCGUCUUACAAGUCCAAGUCGAUGCCGUGAUAGACAUACACCGAUAGCAACACCUUCGAAACGUUAUUUAUCUGUUGAAGAAACUGACGCAUUGAUAAAUCGAUUGACUAAAGUAAAGCCAAUUCGAUCGACUGACCCAUAUUGGCAAGUUCAACGUCAAUCACGGCCUGUGAAAAAUUUCAGUAACACUUUGAAAACAAAUAAUAAUUGGAAAGGGAUUGGCGUAUCAGCAUGA